AUGGAUGAUCAUUGUUCAGCUUGUUCACUUCGCGGUGGUCUCCUUCUGUAUCCUCAAUCAUCAUCAUCAUUCAUUCAUGCUACUUGUUCAAUAUAUCAAGCUUAUCAAUCAGUAUCUCAAUCAAAUUCAUGUCAUUAUUGUUGGUCAUUUUGUCCAUUAAGUUAUCGACGUGUAUCAACGCAUAAUUUUGCUUCUUGUAAUUAUUAUCAAUGUUCUAAUACGUUUCAUGUUACAUGUGGAUUGAUCAGUGGAUGUACAUUUCAAAUUCAUCGAGAUCAUUUAACUAUUGAUGCUCGUUGUCAUUUACAUGCAAAUAAAUCUUUGCCAAGUCCAUCUUCAUCGAAUGCUAAUAGUCGAUCAUCAACAAUAGAUGGAAUUGAUGAUAGAACACAAGAAUAUUAUGAAAGUUUAACAGAUGAAGGACAACCAAUGGAAGUAGACAAUACUAAUGUUGAUAAUAUAGUAGAAGAGAAUAAACGUGUACCUUCAGGUACACGAGUACUAAUAAAUGAUACAAAAGAACAGAAAAUUGGUCAAAUUAUAAGAAAUGAAAUCAGUUAUCAUUAUUCUGUUGAUUUUGGUGAUGAUACUUGUAGUCAUGAUAUGCUUGGUGAAGAUAUACUUGAUUGUGAUCCAUCAACAUUACUUAUCGGUGCCAAUAUUCGUCUUAAAUGGACUGAUGGUACAAUUUAUAAAUGUAAAUAUUUGGGUCGUAAACGAGUACUUUUAUAUCAUAUAAAAAUUCAUAAUGAAAUUCGACAAAUGCAACGAAAUGAAUUUUCAAUUGAUAAUCAACCACCGUCACCACCACCAACACCUUGUGAAACUGAAUGUGAAUUUGAUAGUAAUCGACCAUCGCCAUUUACGACAACAACAACAAUAACAACAACAACAAAACGACAAAAUCAACAAACAAAACCACAAACAAAACGAAAACGACGACGACUUAUUUUAUCAUCUUCUUCAUCAUCGGAUGAAUCUUAG